UUGUCGCGGUCACGUGGCUGCGGGCCGCUCCUCAUGGGCCACCGUAGAGAACGUCGGGCGGCCGCCGGGACGGGAGCCGAGAGGCGCUGUUCACCGCGCCUGCGACAGCGUCAGCCCUGCGCGGAGCGCCGGCCCAUGGCGGCGGCGGCGGCGGCGGCGGCGGCGGCGGCGAUGGCAGAGCAGGAGGGCGCCCGCAACGGGGCCCGCAACCGCGGCGGCGUCCAGCGCGUGGAGGGCAAGCUGCGCGCCAGCGUCGAGAAGGGCGACUACUACGAGGCGCACCAGAUGUACCGGACCCUGUUCUUCAGGUACAUGUCACAGAACAAGCACGUGGAGGCCCGGGAGCUCAUGUGCUCGGGAGCCCUGCUCUUCUUCAGCCACGGCCAGCAAAACAGUGCCGCGGACUUGUCCAUGCUGGUCCUGGAGUCGCUGGAGAAGGCCGAGGCGGAGGUGGCCGAGGAGCUGCUGGAAAGCCUGGCGAGACUGUUCAGCCUGAUGGACCCGAACUCCCCAGAGCGAGUGGCCUUCGUGUCCAGAGCCCUGAAGUGGUCCGGCGGAGGGUCCGGGAGGCUGGGCCACCCGCGGCUGCACCAGCUGCUGGCCCUCACCCUGUGGCGAGAGCAAAACUACUGCGAGUCGCGGUACCACUUCCUGCACUCCACCGACGGCGAGGGCUGCGCCAACAUGCUGGUGGAGUACUCCACCGCCCGGGGCUUCCGCAGCGAGGUGGACAUGUUCGUGGCCCAGGCCGUCCUGCAGUUCCUGUGUCUGAAGAACAAGAGCAGCGCCUCGGUGGUGUUCGCGACCUACACCCAGAAGCACCCCUCCAUCGAGGACGGCCCCCCCUUCGUGCAGCCGCUGCUCAACUUCAUCUGGUUCCUGCUGCUGGCCGUGGACGGGGGCAAGCUGACGGUGUUCACGGUGCUAUGCGAGCAGUACCAGCCGUCGCUGCGGCGGGACCCCAUGUACAACGAGUACCUCGACAGGAUAGGACAGCUCUUCUUCGGGGUGCCGCCCAAGCAGACGUCUUCCUAUGGAGGCUUGCUAGGUAACCUCCUGAGCAGCCUCAUGGGCUCCUCGGAGCAGGAGGGCGAGGACAGCCAGGACGACAGCAGCCCCAUCGAGCUCGACUGACGCCGCCUCCACCUGCACGAGGCCCUCGGCCGGCGGCGUGGUCCCGCGUGGGAGCCCGGCCCCUCCCCGUUCGGAGGCUGCGGCAGCUGUGUAGGCGCCUGUGGGCGGGCCCCGGCCGGGGGCGGGCGGCCGCGGCCUCGGGUUGCCCCACAAUAAAGCACAGGCCCGCGCGCCGGCCUCCCCCAGUCCUUUGUUUCUGGUUUGCUUUGGGUGCCGGGGCCCGCCGUCGGCCGACCCCACGUGCACGUCCCCUGGUGGCUCCGGGGCCACUCCCUGCCACGCCCCCAAGGCCGCUGCCGGGCGCCGGGCAGGUGUGUGGAGGCCACUGGACUCGCACCUUGUGGAGCCGCGUGCGCCCGGCAGCGCUGCCUCCACCCUCGUCCUGGGCGUUGACCGGCAAGCGGCCUGCAGCAAGGGGCCCGGCCCACGGACGCCCGCAGGCGCUCCGGGGCGGCUGGAGCGGGACACACACUCCCUCCACAGUCGGAGCGGGAGCAGCGGACUGACACGCGGUGCCCGUGCCCGGAAGGGGCAGCGUGGGCCGCUCCGUGGGCCCUGACGGUGGGACUGGAAGCUUGUGUUCCUGUGGAGUGCAAAUAAACCCUUUCUACUGGG